UCUGCGUCACUGCCCGCUGCGGGGGCCGUGGGAGGGAUACGUAUAAGGGGGCCGCCAGUCUCGCUUCCGGAGCCCACUACGCGGUGAUGGAGACUCGCCAGGUGCCCAGGAGCUCCCGGGUGCGGCUGCUGCUGCUCCUCUUGCUGCUUGUGCCCUGGGGCGUCCGCACUGCCUCAGGCGUCGCCCUGCCCCCCGAGGGGGUCUUCAGCGUCCGCUCUCUCGGCCGGGCCUGGGUGGGUCCCGCCACCACCCUGUCGCGGCGAAGUCUGGCGCUGGCGGACGACGCGGCCUUCCGGGAGCGCGCGCGGAUGCUGGCCGCCCUCGAGCGCCGCCACUGGCUGAACUCAUACAUGCACAAACUGUUGGUGCUGGACGCGCGCUGAGAGCACGCUGGCCCGUACAUUAAUAAAGACCCU